UUGGGCGAGUACCGAAAACUUCCAAUCAAACGCUACGCCGCGCGAGCGAAGCGAGAGACGGGCGAGGGAAGGUACUGGCGAGAAUAUAAAUCCACCGCGCUGAGCGAACAGGUGAACGCGGUGACGAGCGUGUCGUACGGAGGCGCGGGGUCGUCGGGGGGCGAACGCGGCGCGUUGGCGGCGACGAGCGGGGCGAGGGUGACGCUGUACGCGCCGAGCGGAGCGAGAAAAUUGAGGACGUUCGCGCGAUUUAAGGACGUGGCGUACAGUGGUGUGCUGAGAGACGAUGGGAAGGCGCUGGCGGUCGGAGGACAGGCUGGGGUGGUGCAGUUGUUUGAUUGCGGGUCGCGAGCGGUUUUGAGAAAGUUUACGACGCACUCCGCGGCGGUUCGCGCGGUGCGAUGGAGCGCGGAUAAGCUGCACUUAGGGUCGGCGAGCGACGACGCGACGGUGCGAAUAUGGGAUAUUUCCACUGGGAAUUGCGUGCGAAGGCACGAUGGGCACACGGAUUACGUUCGAGCGCUCGAGCGGAGUACGGUUUCUCAAGAGAUGUGGGCGAGCGGGUCGUACGACCACACGGUGAAAAUUUGGGACGCUAGACAAGGACGCGAGGCGGUGAUGACGCUCGAUCAUGGUUCGCCCGUGGAAGAUGUCGCGUGGUAUCCCAACGGAAACUUGCUCGUCUCCGUCGGUGGCGAGGACGUGUGCGUGUGGGACGCCAUCGGCGGCGGCCGGUUGCUUCGUCGGUUGCGCAGUCACCAGAAGACCAUCACCACCAUCGGUAGCGAAAGCGCGCUCGAAUCAAACGCGCCUCGCAUGAUCACCGGCUCCUUGGACGGCUUCGUCAAGAUUCACGAACUCGACACUUUCACCGUGACGCACUCGAUCAAGUACCCUGGACCCGUGCUGACGUGCUCGCUCUCGCCAGACGCGAACUGCCUUGCCACUGGACUAGCCAAUAAAGUAUUGAGCGUUCGCAGACGAACGAAACCUCGUAACAGUGACGACCCUUCGGGGUAUCAAGGCGUUCGAAGUAAAAAGAAGGGCUUCACGGUGAAGAAACCUCGACGACUGGAUGCGAGUCAUUGGCGGUACUUUAUUCGAGGUCAAAACUCUAAAGCGGCGGCAGACGCCACGCGAGUGCUUCGUCGACGACGUGUGCACUUGGCCGCGCACGAUCGAAUGUUGAAACAAUUUAGAUACGGAGACGCCCUGGACGCGGCGUUGCACGUGGGUAGGGCGGAAGUUGUCGCCGCAGUCAUAGAAGAAGUCGGUCGAAGAGGGGGGCUUCAGAAGGCACUCGCCAACCGCGACGACCAGUCGCUGCUUCCGAUUUUGGAGUAUAUAGAGAAAAAUAUCUCCAAGCCGCGCCACACGGCGCAGAUGGUGAACAUUGCGAACCGAAUCGUCGACUUGUACGGUGGCGACGUCGGCGCGAGUUCGGCUGUGGACAACGCAUUGCGUAGAAUCCAGUUGAAAAUCAAAGCGCAACUGCGACUACACGAAGCAUUGACGCAGUUACAAGGGAUGGCUUUGACGAUA